GCGAUCACUAACCGCCUGUCCAUCUGUCUGUCCCCUCCCGUAGCCGUCAAACGUCUGUACAGAGAGGCCAAAGAGCUGCUCAACGAUCGGACCGCAGAGUAUUUCGCACAACCAUUAGAUGACAAUCUGUUUGAAUGGCACUUCACGGUGAGAGGACCUCCUGAUAGUGACUUCUUCGGCGGUGUAUAUCACGGGCGUAUAAUACUGCCGACGGAGUACCCCAUGAAACCCCCUGACUUCUUCGGCGGUGUAUAUCACGGGCGUAUAAUACUGCCGACGGAGUACCCCAUGAAACCCCCGUCUAUUAUAAUGCUUACACCGAACGGACGCUUCGAAGUGAAUAAGAAGAUAUGUCUGAGUAUAUCAGGACACCAUCCGGAGUCGUGGCAGCCCUCCUGGUCCAUACGCACCGCACUCUUAGCCAUCAUAGGCUUUAUGCCCACUGAAGGCUUGGGUGCCAUCGGAUCACUCGACUAUCCGCCGGAGGAGAGGAAGUCGUUGGCCCAGAAGUCGCAGAACUGGUGCUGUCCUUCUUGCGGACAAAUCACGAAACUCUUGAAGACUGAGGACUCGAAUCACACGGAAAGCGAAGCCAACAAAGAGGCCAAAGAAUUGGCAAAACAAAUCUGUUUUAAACAAAAGGAAUCGACUUCUGAGUCGACGAACGACGAGUCGGUCGCGUCAGCGGUUCCGGAGCCGAACGCCAGCACCGAAUCGACCGAAUCUAAUGCCCAGUCGACCGAUGAGGCCGUGUCUGAAACGGAACUGAUCCACAGAAACGUGAAUCCAACGCAUUCCGCGUCAGAGGCGCCCACUGUUACCAUCAACGCCACCAUCACUGCGAACGUGAACCUGGAGUCCGACUCCCGUCUCACCAACUAUUUGAUUGCAUUCAUAUGCCUCGCAAUCGCUUUCUUGUUAUUCAGACGUAUAUUUCUGUUAUAAAAAUGUAUUUGUUUUUUGGUUAUCAUUUUUGUAUUUUAAAAGACUUCUUUGAUUUUAAAACCGGUUCUCAUAACGAAAGCAACAGUUUUUGAACAUUGAGUUCAAGUAAUUUAUAUGAGAUAUGUAUCGAUAGACUAAACUGUUUUUAUCGCAUAAACGGAGAUAAUAUUGACAACAACCAAAUUUUUACACCAAUUAUUAGAUAUGUAAUUAAAAAGUAAUAUUUUAGCACAAAAUCGGAAAGUUUUGACUCGAGUUAAUCGGUUUGCAAAACAGUUGUGAGAAAUGACU